GAUGACGCAAUUAGCCACGCCCCUUACCCUCUGCUUCAUGAUGAUGGACUUCACGGUUUUCUAAGUUUUCUAUAGUUUAAUCUCUUUAAAUCGCUGAAAAUGGCGGAUGAGGCAGAAAACUCUCCCCUUCUCCGUGCGGAGGCGAGUGAAGUUGAUCUUCACCACUCCUCCAUGCCAAACCUUGUCCCAUCCCCUCCACUGUAUCAAGAAGAGGCUCCUCCUCCAUACUGGGCGGUGCCAGCUGUUGGCUCCACCUCCCUGUUCUGUGGUGUAUGUGGAGCUCAGAUCGCGAUGAACGCUAACAGCGGCCAGCAGAUUGUGAAAUGUGGGGUGUGUCAGGAGGCCACGCCUAUAAGUAGUCCCCCUGCAGGAAAGAGGUUUGUGCGCUGUUCAUGCCAUUGUCUCCUGAUCUGUAAGACCUCCUCACAGAGAGUGGCGUGUCCCCGUCCUCAGUGUAAGAGAGUGAUCGAGCUGACUGGUCAAGGUCCAAGCAGUGCAGUGGUGCCGUAUUAUGGGACGCGAGCGAGCUGUGGACACUGCAGCCAAACGUUCCUGGGCCCUCAGUCAGGAGAGAAGAGUGUUCGAUGUCCUCACUGCCGUAAAGUGAGCUUUAUUGGAACAGAGUACCCCAUGAAGCGCUGUGUGUACUUCUCCCUGAUGUCCAUCUUCUUUGCCAUCGUCGCUGGAGGACUAAUCGCUGCCACAGUGGGCGAGGCGAGGGAUUACAACGCCAUCUAUGCCCUCUGGACAUUUCUGUUGGUGUUGAGUGUGGCAUGUGCGUGCUGGGCAGUGUAUUGGGCUCGGAUUAAAAUCAGCACACCUCUGCAGAGUUAAUCUGUGUGAACCCCAAUUCUGAACUUCUCCGUGUCGUAAAAUCGGGCAUCACGAUUCAUCAGUACCUAAAUCUAAUCUGUGAAUCAGAAGAACACAAUCGAUAGUCUUGAUAACCAUGUGUAAUAUUUGAAAUUUAUAAAAAGGAUAAAAUAACUCAUCGGCUAUUUCUAGCUCACCAAUAUUACCGCUGAUCAUGAUUAUGUAGUAUUAUUUUUUACGAUACUGAAUGUGUUUUGCUACGUUUUCCAAUGACGAGUAGAAGUAGGAAUGAAGCGGUUACCGGUUUCACGAUAAACCACGAUAAAAUUCCCCGACGGUUCGUGUUACCGUGUCACAUUAAAUUAUUAUUAAAACCGUGCGUGAUUAUCCUGAUUUGUAAAACUCGCGGUAAAUGCUGUCCACACACACACAGACAUGCACACACACACAUCCCCAGCACGAGUCUGACGCAGGCGCAGCAUGCAACAUUGUUUUUUGAACGUGGAAACGAACAUUACAAUUAAAAACUGAAGGCGUCUGCUCAAUUCAGCAUGAGCCGAAUGAGUCAGAGUUCAUUUGUCACGUGACGAAAGUGAGGCAAGCGGACUGACGGGAAGAGUGAGGCGAGCGGACUGACGGGAAGAGUGAGGCGAGCGGACUGACGGGAAGAGUGAGGCGAGCGGACUGACUGGGAGAGUGAGGCGAGCGGACUGACGGGAAGAGUGAGGCGAGCGGACUGACGGGAAGAGUGAGGCGAGCGGACUGACGGGAAGAGUGAGGCGAGCGGACUGACGGGGAGAGUGAGGCGAGCGGACUGACGGGAAGAUGGCGGAAGAUUUGGUUUAAUAUAAGCGAGUUUGUCAUUGUACUGUCUGUUGUCUUUUUCAUUAAGAACGAUAAUUAACCCACCAUUUAAGCAAUUGCAGCCUUCAAAUUGCAGCAAAUUUGGAAGCGAAAGUGAAAUGUGCGCACGGGCGUUCGUAACCGAUGAAGAAAUAUAUACUUUAAUCUAAUCUACAUGUAUUCUAAUUUGCAUAAUGAUUGACAGUGGUGUAUUAAUGCCAGUCUAAACACUCCCCAAAACAGGUGACAACAGUGAGAAAGAUGAAGCAAAACACUUAUUUUUACACAAGUUGGGUUUUUGCAUUAUUGUUAAAAUAGCGCCACUGCAGCUACAUGCUAAUUAUCCAGAGGCUAGUGUUCACAUUUCUACACAUAGGCAUCAUCCGAGUCACUUAUUUACACUAUACGUACUAUUUUUACAAUAUUUUCUAUUUAGAUUCUACAUUAACAGACACUUUACACUGACACUGCUUUUCUCUCAUUCGAUCAAUUGAAUCAAUUGUGAAUCAAACUCCUAAAAAUGAUGGGAAUAAAUUUGGUGAGAACAUUUCUAUAUAUGUAUAUAUUUUUUUACGUUAAUAUAUAUUUGAACAAAAAUAAUAAAGAAGGUGUGAUUCUUAAACUGGAA